CGGCCGCCAUUUUAUUUCUAUAUAUGGCCGCCAUAUUGUCCCCCGCCCAGUGGAUCUGACCGUGGUGUGAAGUGUCGGGUGUGAUUUUUUUUCUCGGCUUGGGGGAAGCAGCCUAGGCUUACAGAAUUCCCCUCAAAGUGGCAGCGUACAGUUAACCCAGCGGGCCGAUAUGCAAGCAAUAAAGUGUGUCGUCGUCGGCGACGGUGCCGUCGGUAAGACAUGCCUCCUGAUCAGCUACACAACCAACGCCUUUCCCGGCGAGUACAUCCCCACUGUGUUCGACAACUACUCGGCCAACGUGAUGGUGGACGGCAAGCCCAUCAACUUGGGCCUCUGGGACACGGCCGGCCAAGAGGACUACGACCGGCUCAGGCCACUCUCGUAUCCGCAGACGGACGUCUUUCUCAUCUGCUUCUCCCUGGUGAACCCGGCUUCCUUUGAGAACGUCAGAGCCAAGUGGUACCCCGAGGUGAGCCACCACUGCCCCAACACGCCCAUCAUUUUGGUGGGCACCAAGCUGGACCUGCGCGAAGACAAGGAGACGGUGGAGAAGCUGCGGGAACGCAAGCUGGCCCCCAUCACCUACCCGCAGGGCCUGGCCAUGGCCAAGGAGAUCGGCUCGGUCAAGUACCUCGAGUGCUCGGCCCUCACCCAGAAGGGCCUCAAGAACGUCUUCGACGAGGCCAUCCGGGCUGUGCUUUGCCCGCAGCCCAAGCCCAAGAAGAAGAGGCCCUGCUGCCUGCUCUGAGGGGCCACCGCAUCAGCUGCUCCCGGCGGCAGACGACGGCAGUCGUCUGCCAAUGACUGUUUUUUGUAGACGGCGGUUGCUUGCGCGUUAUGAGAGACUGUCAGUUGUUGAUAGCAGACGACGGUCGCUUGCACAUUACAAGAGACUGUCGGUUGUUGAUUGCAGACAACCAUUGUUUUCUGAUUGCAGACAACUGCCGUCUGCACUUGAAGAGACAACUGUCGUCUGCGCAGGGGCAGACAACUGUCGUCUGCGCAGGGGCAGACAACUGUCGUCUGCGCGGGGGCAGACAACUGUCGUUUGUCGAUUGCAGACUACUGUCGUUUGUGGGUGAGCAGACAACCGUCAUUUGUUGAUCUCUGGACGAGGGUCGCCGAUACGCUCGCAGAUGGUGAUUGCUUCGAGAUUUGCAGGCGACCAUCGCUUCUACAUUAGCAGACGACGUUGGCUUCUUUCUCGGAAACUGGAGAAUGAAAAAAAAUGGUUGUCUGUGGCGACCUGCAAAUAGCUGUUGCUCAUAAGUUUUUGGACAGUUCGUGGAUUUGUGGACGGUUGUCUGCAAUUUUGCGAGUGAUGGUUAUUUCCAGAUAGGCAAAUGAAGGUUGUUUGCCAGCUUGCAGGCAGUUGUCACUUGUGAAUUUGUGGGCUGUUCUCACUUCUCACUCGUAAGUCUUCAAACGACUGUCGUCUUUGUGCUUUCGGAGGUGCAUCCGCAUGGAUUUGUAGACAACAGUUGCCUACAACCGAACUGGCAUUGGGCACUCGUUGAUUGCAGACAUCAGUUGUGCGCAAUCUGAAAUAAGUUGCAGGCUUUUAUUGUCACCACCUUGUGGUCAUUUCUAGAUGGGAGUGCAGUUGCAGACGACAGUAGCCUGCAGUCUGACCUGCUGCAGGGGACUGCUGCCUGCAAGGAAGAGUAGGUUGCAGACAGCAGUUCUUUGCAAGUUACGUCUGCUGCCGCAACCGUUGCUUCUUCGUAGAUUGCAAUUAAAAUCUUGUGUGUGGUCCGCUGCUCAUUGCGGUGGCAGAGAGUCACCAACAAGCCAUCACUCGCACAUUGAAAAGGCUUGUAGGCGAUGCUCGGUUACCGUUUACUGCGGAUGGUUUAAGAACGACUGGCGUAUGAAGUAGUUUCCGGAUCGGCCAUUUGCAGACGACAGCAGUUGGUCACCACUUCUACUGUUCUGUGCUCGUCUGAAGUUCUCCAAAUCUUUUCUCUUUGUUCAGCCGUUUUUUGUUUUUUUUUGGUGGGGGGGGGGGGGGGCAGUUUUGAGUUAGGUUUUUAUUUUUUUCUUUUUCAUAUGUCUGCAUACAUUUCUCUAGUGUAUGAUAAUGAAUAGAUUUUAUAUGAUACACAGUAAAAGCUGUUUUGCCGUUGUUUUUUUCGGGGGAGAGGGGGAGGGGCGAGUAGCAGUUGACUUUUAAACUUGUUUGGGUGAGAUUUCAAUCCUUCACAGCUUUGCAGAAACCCUCGUGGAGGCGUUAUUUUAUUCCUAAAGACAGAGAUUUCUCAAGAGCAGACAAUUCUCUCUCCUAUGGCUUUUCAAAGGUAAUUUUUUUUAUGGGGAACCUGAACAGGUGGGGGUUCAGAACAAACAAAAAGCAGGAUUCGAAAAACUACCCUCUACAAUCUAUGAUUUUAGAUCUCUCAAGAAACUUCUCUUGUGUCAGCGUUGCAGACGUCCAUCCGAGGUGGCAGACGGCAUUUUGUGGCUUCCGUCUGCCGCUUGGGUCUUUUGAGUUGCGAGUGGGGAAAACCACUACCUUUUGUCUACAUAUCGCCAUUCACUGGUUUUGUAACAAUCGCAGGAGUAACACAACUCCGUAAACUGAGAUGCACUCGAUCGACAUGUACAUAGAUAGAACCUGUAGAAUGUUUUAAAGCAUUGUUUUUGUUCGUCUGCUCGUUUUUUUCCUGUUUUGUUUUAUUAACGCUGCUGGUGUUUGGUCUCAGAAGUGGAGAAUUCUUGGUUGUCGCAUGCUACCAUUUUUUGUUCCAAUCCUUCAUGGUUUUUUUUUUUUAGUAGCUGUAUAAUUCUACCUUAGACCAACCAAAAAGCAACCCUACUGGGAGGAAGGCUUACCACGUUUUCAGUUGCUGCCGAUUUCGAUGUGGCAUCAGCCGAGUAUCCUCUCGCAAUUGUUUGGCUUGUAUAACGUGCAUUCUUCUUUUUUUUUUCGUGUCGACUAUAGAGUUUGCAAGAUUGAAAACAGUAAGGCCAAACCGCGUUUCUUUUUUAACACACUUCGAAUACAAAACCGAAAUCUUGUACAAACGACGGGAAAAUCGUAACGGAGAGGUCUUUGUCAAAUGUUAAUCUAUUGUUCAGUUGCGGUAACGAAUUAUACGGCUGUUUCUCAAAUAUCAAACUGCCCAGAGUCUCCUGCGUCCUUUCUCUGAACUAUGUUCGUAGUUCACUCCAUCUGUCGACGGUUUCAUGCUGCAGUUUGCAUGGAGAGUGUCCACCAAUAUGGCAGAAAGAGAGACAGCAUUGCACCAAGUCUGUGGCUCUGAGGUUUGCCAUAGCCUCUGCGUUCAGCCCCCGCAUUAAAAGGAUACUAAACUUUA